UAAUUAAUAAUAUUCAGCAGUACUUCGCGAUCAAAAGAAGCAAUAUGAUGGUGCGACAGUGCUGCCACGUUGUCUGAGCUAACACACGCUGCUGAAUAUUGUUAAUUAUGACAGAAAAAAGCAAAAGUAGAGCACCUAUAGGAGCUUGCGCACAAGUUUGAACAUUUAUCUAGUGGAAACGACUAUUGAGAGGUCUCGAAUCUGCAUUGUCGAGACAUAAAUAGGACAGAACCAAACCUUGCAGUCUCGUAGGUACACGGACAUGCCUCCGAGCGUUGCAUGUAUGAUUGUGUCUCGGCACGGCUGCUCGCACCAACGAUACUACAUUGUCGUUGUCACAUUCGGACGUCUCGCUUGCUUAUAAAGCCUACCUUACUUUACCAGUAUCAUAUUUUGAACACCAGAAAUUGCAUUCAGCUCCCCUACUGGCUAAAUGUUUUACUUAAUUUACUUCUUCUAGUGGCCGCUCGGUUUUUAUGUCACGUCGAUCUUUUCGGCGACGGAGACCACUCCCAAAACCCUAGCCUUCGAAUAAAUCUGAAGUUUGCCGAUAUGUCUAUCUCCUUUCCUCCUUAGAACAUUUUCCAAAGAAGGAAAAGAGACAAACAUAUCGGCAAACUUCAGAUUUAUUCGAAGGCUAGGGUUUUGCCCAUCGUACGGUAACUUGGCCCCCCUGGUGGACACACCUAUAUUAUGAGUGUGGUGCAAAAUGUUAGACCUUCAAAAACUUUCAACUGGUUACAGUAUGCCUUUAGUUGGAUUUGGCACAUAUAAAAUCCGAGGAAGGGAUACAGUAUAUCAAGUUAUCGACGAAAGCCUAAAUGUAGGUUUUCGUUCUGUUGAUACAGCUGAAGUCUAUCAAAAUGAAGAAGACAUAGGUUAUGCUUUAAACAGUUUAUUACCUAAAUAUAAUCUUCAAAGAGAGGAUAUUUUUAUUACAACUAAACUUGCACCAAGUUAUAAUGGAAAUCUAAUACGUAUAGAAGAAUCUGUACAAAGAUCUCUUAAAGCACUUAAUAUUACAUACAUAGAUCUCUAUUUAAUUCAUUGGCCUGGUGCAACUCGACUUCCAGAGAAUUCUACAAAUAAUCAAAUCUUAAGAACAAAAACUUGGGAUAAAUUGGUGGAGUUAAAGAAACAAGGAUUGUUAAAGUCUAUAGGUGUCUCCAACUAUACCAUAAAUCAUCUAGAAGACUUAAUGCAAUAUUGUAAAGAUGUACCACCAGCUGUCAAUCAAGUUGAAUGUCAUCCACAUUACAGACAAGAAGAAUUAAUUAAGUAUUGUAAUGAAAAAGGGAUACAUGUACAAGCAUAUUCUUCUUUGGGAACUAGUAGCAACACUAAACUUUUAAAAGACCCAACUGUAACACUAAUAGCUUCUCGACUUAAUGUAUCACCAGCUAGAUUACUUUUGAAGUGGGCUUUGCAACAAAACAUUGGUAUUAUUCCCAAAGCAGUAAAAAGAGAACAUAUAGGAGAUAAUAUACAAUUGAAUUUUACUAUUGAUAAAGAAGACAUGAAAGUUCUAUCUUCUUUACCUCAACAUAAAUAUUGUUGGGAUCCAUCAAAUGUAUAUUAA